AUGUUGGCGAUAUCGCGCCUUGACACUUUGGGGAUUGCAAGUUCCCACGCCGCAUCCGGCGAGAAGGGUGUCUCGAAGGCCACCAUCCGACGUCGCGAGAAGCGAGCGCACGAGCGUGCGAGCGAGCGUCCACAGCAAUCCAACAAGAAGGAGCGCCCAUUGCCUUUGCGCCGCCACCAACUACAACAACAACAACAACAGCAGCAGCACGUUUCAUCCAACAGCACACAGCGAGACCAGGAUCUCACGACGCAGACACUUGCCGAGCUCCCUGACAACUGUCACAAGACCACAACAGUGCCAAACAAAACAAGGCACCAUCAUCAAAACAAGGCCACUCCAAACGCAGAAACGCGCGUGUUGCCUUGCGCCAUCUCCGGCCUUGCCUUGAAUCACACCGACUAA